CCAUCUGCAUUUUCCUGCACCUUCUCCUGCAAGAACCAUGCUUGCCUCCUGCUAUUGCGCCGAAACAGAGCUGCGCAUGCGUGUACUGCGCCGAAUCCCUGCACAUGCGUGUAUUGCGCAGAAAACACUACGUGUACACGCCGACAGCCCAUCACCCCAGCCCAGAACCACACCCAAGAAGACUCCACCUUCUCGAAUGCACUCAAGCCAAAACCAGAAAGUGUUUUGAGCACCUGGUCAGCUCUGUUUGACCGUUGCAUCUCAUCGAUGCUUCAGGGGUGGGCUUUCCUAGGUUUCUGAGGUGCGCUCCGGUCACCUGUUCAACACCUCCAUUCCAGGUUGAGCACGCCGAGAACUACCACUGGUUGAGCACGCCAGGCAUACGCAGGUCACAACCCAGCUACCGACAGCACGAGCCCAGCUGCUUCGCUGCCACCUUCACCUCCUCCUCCCCUGCAUACCCUCCACGCAACCCAACCACACGGUCUUGAGCCACGGCUUUACUGCUACCAAAACAAAACCAUCACCGAGAGCCUUAUUUUCAAACACCAAACAAACAAGCCAAAAUAAAUCUUGGGAGGCUUUCUGUUUAGGUAUCUAUCGAGAAGUGAAAGCUUCUCUCUCUAGAGGAAGGAGGCCUUUUUUAGAUGCUUCUCUUUCUUUCCCAACCGAGCUCCUCUCCCUCCUCUCCCUCCACCAAAUCCCUCUAUCUUGCUGAAAUUUGUCUGUUCUUCUCUCUCUUUCUCACCAUUUUCGCUCCAGCCACCAAAUCCCUCUUCUCAGCAUUUUCACUCUGAUCUUAAACCAGAAAUUUGUGAGAUUAUCCCUCUCACACAAUGUCACUGCAAUCUAUGUGAUUUGCGUGAUUAUUUUGCAAGCUGAACCAUUUUGGGCUGAUUCUCUCUCAGUUUGGUGGUCCAUCGCACGCCAUAGUGUUCUCAUCUUCAUAUUCACAGAUCCGACAUCAACAAAACUUGUCUACGCAACGGCCUUCCUUUUCUGGUUUUCCCCCUAGAGUCCCUACCCGUCGCGAGAUUGUUGAAACCGAAAACCCUUGGGUUUUAGGUACUUACUGCCCGCAGACUACAAACGAAAACCCAAAACUCAUCAUCCUCUCCUCUGGUCUGUCACUCUCCGGGAAGAAGUACAACAACAACUUGAACCACUUGAACAAGUUCAAAGAAAAUUGAAUGGCCACUCACAUUAUUCCCUCUGGAAACCCAAUUCCCCGUUCACCGGCAUCAAGCAUCCACACAAGAGUUGAGAAGGAAUGGCUUGGGAAUAUUUCUCUGAAGGCAAAGCCAAUGAAUCUGAGGCUUUCAAAUGGCCAUAGAGCAAGAGCUGCUUUAAGCGCUGAUCCAAAAUCAGUUGAAAUUCCCUGUCAGUGGUACAAUCUGAUCGCAGAUCUUCCAGUGAAACCCCCUCCUCCAUUGCACCCUAAGACUUUCAGACCGGUCAAACCCGAAGAUUUGUCUCCCCUGUUUCCUGAUGAGUUGAUUAAGCAGGAGGUGAGCAAUGACAAGUUCAUAGACAUCCCAGAUGAAGUUAUUGAUGUGUACAGGCUUUGGCGCCCAACCCCUCUGAUCAGAGCCAAGAGGUUGGAGAAGCUUCUCAAUAAACCUGCCAGAAUUUACUACAAGUAUGAAGGUGUCAGCCCUGCUGGAUCACACAAACCAAACACUGCAGUUCCACAAGUCUGGUAUAAUGCUCAGCAAGGCAUCAAGAAUGUUGUGACAGAAACUGGCGCUGGUCAAUGGGGAUGUUCAUUGGCCUUUGCGUGCAGCUUGUUUGGUCUUGGCUGCGAGGUGUGGCAAGUCCGUGCUUCUUAUGAACAGAAACCAUAUCGAAAAUUGAUGAUGCAAACCUGGGGUGCAAAAGUACACCCAUCUCCAUCUACUGUUACUGAGGCAGGUAGGAAAAUUCUUCAAAUGGAUCCAUCAGGCCCUGGAAGUCUAGGAAUAGCCAUUUCAGAAGCUGUGGAGGUUGCAACUAUGAACAUUGAUACCAAAUACUGCCUAGGGAGUGUUCUCAAUCAUGUUUUGCUCCACCAAACUGUUAUUGGAGAGGAAUGUCUCAAACAAAUGGAGGCUAUUGGUGAAACCCCAGAUCUUAUCAUAGGAUGUACUGGUGGUGGGUCUAAUUUUGCAGGGCUCAGUUUUCCGUUCAUCCGAGAAAAACUCAAUGGGAAAAUCAACCCUAUUAUAAGAGGAGUUGAGCCUGCAGCAUGUCCUUCAUUGACGAAAGGUGUUUAUGCAUAUGAUUAUGGUGAUACAGCAGGGAUGACUCCAUUGAUGAAGAUGCAUACACUUGGUCAUGACUUCAUUCCAGACCCAAUUCAUGCUGGGGGAUUGCGAUACCAUGGUAUGGCACCUCUAAUUUCACACGUCUAUGAAUUGGGUUUUAUGGAAGCUAUUGCGAUUCCCCAGAUAGAGUGUUUUCAAGGUGCCAUACAAUUUGCAAGGUCUGAAGGGUUGAUACCAGCCCCAGAGCCAACUCAUGCUAUAGCUGCCACCAUUAGGGAAGCUCUUCGAUGUAGAGAGACUGGGGAAGCAAAGGUUAUUCUCACAGCUAUGUGUGGACAUGGCCAUUUUGACCUGCCAGCUUAUGACAAUUAUUUGCAAGGGAACAUGGUUGACUUGUCAUUUUCAGAGGAUAAGAUCCAAGCAUCACUUGCAAAAAUUCCUCGAGUGGGGGCCUAAGGACAUGCUGUUUACUGCCUUCUAUGUAUCAGACACAAUCGAUGUCUAAGCAUUGUUGAAUCAGAAUCAGGGCUGACUUGAGAGGAAACAAUAAAAAGUCAGUUGUCGAACUUAUCAGAGCGAAAAAAGAGUUAUGGGUGUCAAUAAAGAAAAGUUAUAAGGUGAACAAUUAUUCAUGAUAGAGAUCAUUCAGAACCAUAAAUAAUGUUAUCUAAUUGGUAUUUAACGGUCGAGGGACAUGUUUGUGGUUUUUAAGAUUGUCAUUUGUUGAUUAACAAUCAAAAACAAAAAAGAUUGUCAUAUGAUAUGGUGAGAUAACAUUUCUUUUGCUGGAUCUA